AUAACAAAACGCAUUAUAGACAGCCAUCAGCGGCAGCGGUACGGAAAUGUAUCUUGUGAAGUGAAUUUGUUAUUUACUAUAAAUUUAUAUUGAUUGAGCUCAAAAUGGGGACAGAAGUAGCAAUAUCGUUUACGGCACUGCGUGCUCAAUUAGAAUCGGAACGGAGCAGCUUGUACAAAAUAGACGAAAACAUCAAAAAGAUAGUCCAAACGACGGGUCGAUUCUCUAACGAUAGGUUUAAUAACUCAUCUAGUGACUACUUAAAAGGUGGACCACGUUUAGGAGGCCGAAAUUCAUUCCCUGACGCUAGACAUAAUGACGAUUCUUUUGGAAAGAGAAAACAAGAAACCAAAACAGUUUUUAGCAGAUUAUCAGCGCGCACAGCAGGCAGUGACGAUGAAGAGUCUGGCGGCAAGCGUCCACGCGUCAUAUCUCAAGUGUCUCGCGAGCUGCCGACGCGCGCGGCGGUGCUGCGCGCGCAGGGCGGGGACGAGCAGGCGCGUACGCGCAACAGACGCAUCUUUGGCUCGCUGCUUGGGACACUGCAGAAAUUUAAACAGGAAGAGAUUGUGCUGCAAACUAAGGAAGAUAAAAAGGCACAAGUGGAAAGAAAGAUAGAAGAGCAAGCUCGGGUACAGAAAGAAAAAGAACAGAAGGAAAGAAAGACCCUCUUUGCCGAGAGAGAACACAAAAAAGCCACAAUCAAAGCUCUCGAAGCCAAGAUGGCGCGAGUACAAGAGUUCGAGAAAUGGGAGGCGUCACAGAAGAGCCUGGGAAACUUUAUAUUGACUCGUGCCAAGCCGCAUGUAUACUGGAUACCAAAGAAGAUGACUGACAAGGCUUCAGAGAAGCUGAACUCCAGUAGAAAGUAUCAUGAAAAGUGCAUGGUAAAGAAACGCGCGGAACUGCAAGAGGAGCUGCUACGGAUAGAGCAGCGCUGCCUGCGCGCGCGCGGGCCCCAGGCCAAGGAGAACGAGCCCGCCGACAAGGCGGACGACGGCGGCAAGAGGCGGGACAAGUUCACCAACGACGCCGACCACAAGGACAAGGACGACAGCGACGGGGAGGAGCACCAUCAGACUCAUGAGGAGCAGAAUGAAGAGCGGCAAGGCAAUGGAGAUGUAGAGGUGAAAGAUGAGCCAGUAACAGACGAAAGUAAACUGGAAACGACCACAGAGCAGAAAACAGCAAUGGAAGCCGAAGAGAAACGAGACGAUUCCCACAUGUCCGUGGACACCAGUGACCUAUUUUUACGGAACAAUGUGGAGGCCCCGCCGGAGCCCACGGAAGAGUCCUGAAUACCAGACGUAUGAUACCAUGUUAACAGUACAUGAUAUGCAGAGGGUUAGAUUUAUAAGGCCUUGGCCUUUAAUUGACGCCGUACUGUUAACUGAACAUAAGUUAACCCUAUUGUAAAGACAUAAGGUCCACCAAUGGUUAGUUGCGAGAGCUGACGUUUGUGUCGGACCAAGCUAACUCUGCAAGGCAUUUGCAAUGACAAAGUGUCGAAAUGUCACCUUUAAUGUCAAAAUUCUACGAAAACAUGACGUUAUAAUGACACUCCCUUACUUUGUUCGGUUCAAGUUGCUGUAUGGAUUGUAUGGUGUCAACCGGAGACCAACGCCUAAAAGCAAAGGAAAUAUUAUGCUGUUAAAUUAUCAGUUUACAUUAGAUCAUUCCUUUCCUUUCUAAAACAAAAGGUGAUCUCGUUCCAACCGCUGGGAGUUUUUCCUCGCGUCAAAUGUUUUCUGAAGUUCUUCUUCUGACAGUAGGACUUUUUAAAAAUAGAACUAAGAUAUAAAGCUCUUCAGAAAGGCACAGGUUUUGAACAUUAGUUAAAGCGUCGACAAUGAGCAUGUUAGGAGUUGCAAGCGUAUACAGGCUACGGUAGCCGCGGUUACCAUCAGGAUGGCUAUAAUAUCAAUGCUUCUUUCCAACCAAUGUGGUAUAAAAAUAUUCUCGCGCGUCUACCCUCGUCUACAGAGAACGUUGAAAUUUCGUUAUUUGCCUCUCUAUUACUCUUGUAUAUUCGAGCGAUAGAGAGGUGGAUAACGAAAUUUUUAUUUUCGCAGUAGAGCCUUUGAUCCAUUUUUUACGGCAUUAUAUUUUCUUUGAUUUGUUCUGCCCUCUACUAGUAUAAGUGUGAAACUUACUAGUGUAUUAUAAAUUGAAAUGUUUACAUUCAGCAUCACUGUGAUUAUAAUUGGGAUGUGUUAUGAAGUGAAUAAACUGCUGACCUUA